AUGUUCGACGAGCCUUCCUCCUACCUCGAUGUUAAGCAGCGUCUCGCCGCCGCCCGCUCCAUCAGAGAGCUUCUCCGCCCCGACGACUAUGUCAUCGUUGUUGAGCACGAUUUGUCCGUGCUUGACUACCUCUCCGACUUCGUCUGUGUGCUGUACGGAAGACCCGCCCUCUACGGCGUGGUCACUCUACCCGCUUCCGUCCGUGAAGGUAUCAACAUCUUCCUGGAUGGUCACAUCCCCACCGAGAACUUGCGAUUCCGCGAUGAAUCCCUCACUUUCCGUCUGGCCGAAACUGGUGACGACUUGAUCGUCAACAAGAACCGUGCUUUCCGCUACCCUACCAUGGAGAAGACGCUGGGUAACUUCCACCUUAAGGUCGAUGCCGGAGACUUCACGGAUUCAGAGAUUAUCGUCAUGAUGGGAGAGAACGGAACCGGAAAGACCACUUUCUGUAAGAUGCUGGCUGGUGCUGAGAAGCCCGACCACGGCGCCAGCGUCCCCCGCCUGAACAUCAGCAUGAAGCCCCAGAAGAUUACCCCCAAGUUCCAGGGAACUGUCCGUCAGCUGUUCUUCAAGCGUAUCAAGGCUGCUUUCCUGUCGCCCCAGUUCCAGACCGAUGUCUACAAGCCCCUCAAGAUCGACGACUUCAUUGACCAGGAGGUGCAGAACCUGUCUGGUGGUGAAUUGCAGCGUGUCGCCAUUGUCCUGGCUCUGGGCAUGCCCGCCGAUAUUUACCUGAUUGACGAGCCCAGUGCUUACCUCGACUCCGAACAACGUAUCAUCGCUUCCCGCGUUAUCAAGCGUUUCAUCAUGCACUCCAAGAAGACCGCUUUCAUCGUCGAGCACGAUUUCAUCAUGGCCACGUACCUCGCGGACCGUGUCAUUGUGUUCGAUGUUGUCUAUACUGUUGAUUGA